AUGAGGUGGGAUGGGGGUGGGAGGAGUGGACAGAUGAUCACCACACUGCUGCUGCUGCGGCUGACCUCUGAGACCCCGAAGCCCCCAUUACUCCUGGGACGCAUACAGGGCGGGGAACCAGGGCCAGGCCGGAGGGAUGUCCACCACCACAUGCUCUGGGGGAGUCUGAGCCUGGGCCUGGGGGGGUCUGUGCUGAGCAGUGACUGCCCCCCUCCCCCUACACUCAGGGCUUUGUGUCAGGGGUCAUAG